GAUGUUUUUCGGCUGACGCCAGUUUUUUUUCCUUGUCAUUCCGCAGGAAGACGAUGUUACAGGCGGAGUCUUACCUAUUCUACCGGAAGACGUCUCGAUGUCGCCGCGCCCUGGUCACCUCCUUGGUCCUGUGUCUUCUUCUCGGAUGCUGCUUGCUAGGAGGGUUCCUGAACAGGUGCCGCGGCGGCUAUGUGGAUUUUGGGAGCAUGAUGGGAUACUGGCCAGCCCACGUGACCAGUCGGCUCAUCAUGGCUGUACCCACGGGACUGGCGGUGUGGCUGGCCUCCCAGAACGUCCGUGCCGGGCUCGUGGCGUUCCUGAUGACGUGGUUGGGCCUGUACGUGGGGUGGGGCACCUACAUGUCGCUAGGGGAGGAUACGGCAGGGUACAACAGCCGUUCCGGUGUGUUUGACUGGGCUCUAGGGCGUCAAAUGCAGAACUGGUCUUAUCCCCGAAGAGUCGUAAGGGACUAUGCCGGCAUGUCUCUGCGCGGAUUGAUAUGGACCACGCCGCAGGGAUACGUCCUGUAUCACCUCGGGUUGGGCUGGUGUCCUUCCCUCAGCGGAGCUCUGAUGGGAUUGGUCUACUUUGCCGGUAACCAUGGCGACACGCCACUCUGUAAGAACACCGCCUGCUCCGAGUAUCUGUGGGGAAUCUGGGUGUGGCUCGUCCUCCUGACGUCAUCACUCUACGGCGCCGUCACCAGAGCGAGGGCGAGUUACCCGGAUGUGCACCCAGAAUCCUCCGGGGUGCCCCAGAGUUCGAAACUGGAUUCGACCUUCUCGAAGGUUGUCUUUGAACUUUUCCACUUCGUCUUCGGUUUGAUCCUCGCUUGCUCGAUCUGCUUCUAUGCUCUGGUGGAGCAGGAAGACUUGAAAAAUAAGGGACAGUCGUUUUUCGGGCUGUUCGCGGCGUUUAGUUUCCUUGUAGCCACGCAGUUCCUGCAUUUGGGCAUGGUGAAAAAGAAGAGAGAGCGAGCAGCUCACGUUCACGGCCAGGCGCCGGUAGAAGACGCCGAGUACACGACUCUACUGCUCAGUCCCUCGCCUCCUCUCACAAACGAAGUCGUCACGCCACACCCCACCUCCAGAAAAAUCUACGAGUUCUUCGAGAUAAAUGUAGAACUGAACGUUUUUAGAUGGCUUCAUUUCCUUCUGGGAGUUCUGUCCGUUCUGGGCACGAUCGCAACGUUAAUUCUGAUGAUAGCGAACCUCGUAUGGAACAUUCACGCUCCACGGUUCUCGGAAAACGCGCCCGACAUUUGCAACUGUACCUUUUCUGGUACCUGAAGCUGUUUCGAGAUGUAAAGACUUAACGAUAGUUAACCUUCAUCAAUGGCGUAGCCUAUAUCCGUUUGUUACCCAGAUGUAUUAUAGCUCCCGAGUCCUGUAAGCAAGGAACUUAAUAGGCUUAUAUCCAUUGUCUUGUUGAACUGCAAAGUUUUCAAAAUAUU